GAAUGCAGCUCGCGCUACUAAACGCUGUGUACAUAUAAACUAAUAAAGUAAAAAAUAUAUAAAUCAUUAAACAGUUUAUUUUUUAAACUUAACGUUUACAUUUGCUGCUUUAGACCAUCGUGAAGUAGUAGCCAUCAAGAAGAACAUGCCUCGUAGAAGACAGAGACACAUGGCUGGGAGUGGUUCAGAUGGAACCGAAGACUCUGACUCCUCUGCUGAAAGAGAACAGACCAAUAGCUCAGAAAGUGAAGGGACUGUGCCCAAGAGACAGCGCCUCACCAGAGCCUCCACUCGCCUUAGCCAAAGCUCUCAGGAUACUCAGGAAUUAAAGCGAGCUGUGGAUCACGAUGAAUCUCCACCACUGACGCCCACUGGAAAUGCACCCUCCUCUGAAUCAGAGUUGGACAUCUCCAGUCCCAAUGCCUCACAUGAUGAGAGCCAGGCCAAGGACCAAGCCAACAGAGAUUCAGAUAAAGAUCUCUCCCACCGACCUAAACGCCGCCGCUGUCAUGAAACCUAUAAUUUCAACAUGAAAUGUCCAACCCCGGGGUGCAAUUCCCUUGGUCACCUCACAGGAAAGCAUGAACGUCAUUUUGCUGUAUCAGGCUGUCCUCUUUACCACAAUCUUUCUGCUGAUGAAUGCAAGGUAAAAGCCAUUAGCCGCGAGAAACAAGAGGAGGAGGUAAAGGCACAGGAGGACAGCAACUCGCGCCAUGCAACUCGUCACCAGACACCAACACUGAAACAGAUUCGAUACAAGGAGCAAGUGGCUGAGAUAAGGAAGGGUCGAAACUCUGGCCUGCAGAAGGAGCAGAAAGAAAAGCAUGUGGUACAUCACCAGUACUUUGUUUUGCUAUUUCUAAGCUUAUUCCACCUCAUAGCUGGCAUGUUACUUCAUUUCCUGCUUGCCUUUUCUCGUGUCCCACAGGAGCAUCGGCAAACACACGGCAACACCAGAGAGCCUCUGCUGGAGAACAUCACCAGUGAAUAUGACCUGGAGCUGUUCAGGAAAGCACAGGCCCGAGCAUCUGAAGACCUGGAGAAGCUGCGCAUCCAGGGUCAGAUCACCGAGGGCAGUAACAUGAUCAAGACUAUCUUGUUUGGUCGCUACGAGCUGGACACCUGGUACCACUCGCCCUAUCCUGAGGAGUAUGCGCGUCUGGGUCGUCUGUACGUCUGUGAAUUCUGCCUCAAAUACAUGAAGAGCCAGACCAUCCUCAGGCGACACAUGGCCAAAUGUGUGUGGAAGCAUCCUCCAGGAGAUGAGGUGUACAGAAAGGGGUCUAUAUCUGUUUUUGAAGUCGAUGGCAAAAAGAACAAGAUCUACUGUCAGAACUUGUGUUUACUUGCCAAGCUUUUUCUGGACCACAAAACACUUUACUAUGACGUGGAGCCUUUUCUCUUCUAUGUCAUGACUGAAGCUGACAACACUGGCUGCCAUUUAGUAGGCUAUUUUUCAAAGGAGAAAAAUUCCUUCCUGAACUACAAUGUAUCCUGUAUCCUGACAAUGCCACAGUACAUGAGACAAGGCUUUGGAAAGAUGCUCAUUGACUUUAGUUAUCUGUUGUCUAAAGUUGAGGAGAAGGUGGGCUCGCCAGAGAGACCUCUCUCUGAUCUGGGCCUUAUCAGUUACAGGAGUUACUGGAAGGAGGUAUUACUCAGAUACAUGUACAACUUUCAAGGCAAGGAGAUCUCCAUCAAAGAGAUCAGUCAGGAAACUGCUGUCAACCCGGUGGACAUUGUGAGCACCCUGCAGUCUCUUCAGAUGCUGAAGUAUUGGAAGGGAAAGCACUUAGUACUGAAGCGUCAGGACCUGAUUGAUGAGUGGAAAGCAAAGGAGAUCAAGCGAGGCAAUAGCAACAAAACCAUCGACCCAAGCUCGCUAAAAUGGACCCCUCCCAAAGGGACAUAAACACUGAGAACCUCAGGCUACUGAAAACACUCGCCUCUAGCCUCACCAGCCACAAGUAGCCUAGACCUAUGAACUGUCAAUAAAGAUCAGUGUUUUUUUCUUUCAUCCCUUUGACCCUGUUUAUUUCUUCUUGUCUGUAAUGUGAAUUUUUUAAACACCUUUUUAUAUUUUACUGUCAUUUCUAGCCUAACCAGCAUACGUUCCAAGUCAAAUGCUUUUUGUCAACAUUGUGAAACAUGAGUGUAGAGGGUUUGCUUUAAAACUGCCUUUGUGUGCUGAAUGUUAAAUGAUGAACGGUCCAAUGUGAUGGAUAACAUUAAUGUUAGAUUAGAAUAGCUACAUUUGAGUGCAUUUAGAGGUUAUUUUUAUUUACUAUGAGAAAUGUGCUUUUUGACAAUGGUGGUUAUUCUUUUGGAGCGUUAAUACAGUAACUGUUAGCAUGAAUCGAAACAUGAAAUUGAGCAGGGUGUACUUUUAAUGAGUAUGAUUUAUGGUAACACGCCUUUGGUUGGUAUAAAAUUGUAUAGAUCUUCGUCAUAAUGUCUUUUUUUUUUUUUUCUAAUUCCAUCAAUACAGGAUUCUGAUCCAUUCCUUUGCUGAACCUGCCAAUGAUGAGGGGAAAGAGGAGAUUUUUAAUUUGCUGAGGAUAUAAAAUAAAAAUGUAACACCACUAUAUGAAUGCACAUAGAAACAAAACAGCCUCAGGUUUUUAUACUGGUACAAUUGUACCUUGCUUGUAUGGGUUCUCUGAAUCAUGGAUCGCAGUGGUCUUUGCAGAACGAUUUACUUUGGGUAGAGAUUCUGUAAUAAACAGGAAACGUUUGACUAGGAUGGUUUUCGGCUUGUACUUUGAAUCAUAGCUGUGUAAUGUGUAUUAGCACUUUGAUAUUUUUAAUAUCAAUAAA